AUGGAAAAGUCGGGAAGUGUGGACGAUGUAAUUGAUGCCAAACCUUGGCAGAUGAGCAAAACACUUGUGCUUGUUAUACUUCAAUUUCUGGAAAAAGAAAAAUUCGAGGAGUCUGCUCACAAGCUUGAGCAAGAAUCAGGGAUUUAUUUCAACAUGAAGUACUUCGACGAGAAAGUUCAAUCCGGAGAAUGGGACGCAAUUGAGAAAUACUUGUCAGGAUUUACCAAAGUUGAUGAUAACCAAUAUUCUAUGAAGAUUUUCUUUGAAAUUAGGAAGCAGAAGUAUCUUGAGGCACUUGAUAGGCAAGACAAGGCAAAGGCUAAAAUAUUGGGGACUGAUUUAGAAGUGUUCUCUACAUUUAAUGAGGAACUGUAUAAAGAAGUUACACAGUUUUUCAGUUUGAGGGAAAAUGAGCGGCUGCCCAAGCAUGGUGACACGAAGACAGCUCGUAGCAUAAUGUUGAUAGAGCUCAAAAAACUGAUCGAGGCAAACCCACUUUUCCUCAAUAAGCUUACCUUUCCUUCCAUGAAGUCAUCAAGAUUGUGGGCUCUGAUUAAGCAUGGUUUGAAGUGGGAGCUCCGGUUCGGCAAGAACCCAAGGCUAAACCCUGACGUUAAGAAACUGUUUACUGACCAUCUAUAUACAACUCCAUUUGGUCCUCUUGCACCUACACCUCUCAUUCAUCCUGUUGCAGCAGUUGCAAAGCCAGCUUCUUAUACGUCACUUGGAGCGCACGAUGGUGGAGUUGAUCCUGCUAGUAGAAGCAUGGAAAAGUCAGGAAGUGUGGAUGAUGUAAUUGAUGCCAAACCUUGGCAGAUGAGCAAAACACUUGUGCUUGUUAUACUUCAAUUUCUGGAAGAAGAGAAAUUCGAGGAGUCUGCUCACAAGCUUGAGCAAGAAUCAGGGAUUUAUUUCAACAUGAAGUAUUUCGACGAGAAAGUUCAAUCCGGAGAAUGGGAUGAAGCUGAGAAAUACUUGUCAGGAUUUACCAAAGUUGAUGAUAACCAAUAUUCUGUGAAGAUUUUCUUUGAAAUUAGGAAGCAGAAGUAUCUUGAAGCACUUUAUAGGCAAGAUAAGGCAAAGGCGGCUGAAAUAUUAGGGACUGAUUUAGAAAUGUUCUCAACAUUUGAUGAGGAACUGUAUAAAGAAAUCUCACAGUUUUUCAGUUUGAGGGAAAAUGAGCAGCUGCCCAAGUAUGGUGACACCAAGACAGCUCGUAGUAUAACGUUGAUAGAGCUCAAAAAACUGAUAGAAGCAAACCCACUUUUCCUCAAUAAGCUUACCUUUCCUCCCUUGAAGUCAUCAAGAUUGUGGGCUCUGUUUAAGCAUGGUUUGAAGUGGGAGCUCCAGUUCAGCAAGGACCCAAGGCUAGAUCCUGACGUUAAGAAACUGUUCACAGACCAUCCAUGUAUACCUCCUUUUGGUCCUCUUGCCCCUGCACCGCUCAAUCAUCCUGUUGCAGCAGUUGGAAAGCCAGCUUCUUAUACGUCACUUGAAGCACACGGUGUAUGA